UUUAAAUUUAAACCCAGAAGAAUUGUCACGAAACCGAGUGAGUGUGAGCGUUAACUACAACGCAAUGGUUUACAUAACUUCGUGGGAUGAAUUCGUGGAGCGAUCCGUUCAGUUGUUCCGUGCCGAUCCUGAUUCUACGCGGUAUGUGAUGAAGUACCGGCAUUGUGAUGGCAAGUUGGUACUCAAGGUCACUGAUAAUAGGCAGUGUCUGAAGUAUAAGACAGACCAAGCACAAGAAGCCAAGAAGAUGGAAAAACUCAAUAAUAUAUUCUUUACUUUGAUGGCUCGGGGACCAGAAGUGGAUCCAUCAGAAGUCACUGGGAAAGAACCAAUGGAUACACAAACGACCAAGAGAGGAAGGGGAAGGAAGCAAUAACUGAUGUAUCUGGCUGACAAAAUAGUCUUCAUGAAUCUUGGGGAAUCAAUAAUGACGUGAUAUCCCCCCACCCCACCCCCCAAAAAAAAAUCAUACUGUAGUGUCUUUAUUGCAUAUACAAAUUGUUUUUGUUUUCUGAAUUCUCCUUUCUCAAAUAUUAAUCUUGGGUAUGGUUUUACCUACAACAAAAUUAUUGGCUCGUUGACCAUUUUUUGUCAUUUUUACUAACAAAAUAUCAAUAUGGAUCUGAUAA